AUGGGCAAUGUUUAAGCUUUCGUGAAUUAUAACACAGAAUUGACUUUCACUUCUGAUUUAAAUGAUUAAAUUUAAUGUUGUGGAACAAUCUUUCAUCCAGCAUUUGGAAAUAUCCAGUUAUGGAAAAUGAAGAAGAACACCAAUCUUGAACUCUUUUCUUUUACAAGACAUUUAUACUUUUAAGAUUCCAUAUUAUUAACUAUUCAUUCAAAGAGAAGCUAAUUAUAACAUCCAAAUCUAUUGUAAUAUUAUGCCUGUACUCAAAACACCCCUCAAUAUUGUGGGAGUGUCGAAACUUAACAAUUUUAUUUCGAAUAUAUUUCCCAGACACUAUCUUAAUAUUUAUGUGCCAGAUCUGAAACAUUCAGGGAAAUUGAAGUUUGGAAGUCACUUGAAUAGUUAGUGAGUGUACUCAAAUACUUGUAAAACAAUGGCUAAUCGCAUGGAUAAAUUACUUCAGACCAUAUCUUCAUAACUUCAGAUUAAACUUUAAAAACACUGGAUUAAAUUACAAUUUAAUCAACUGAUUAAUAGAUUAAAUAAGAUGUUUAUGAUCUAGCCUAACUUAUAGUGGAACUUAUGACCAAAAGGAAAUUCCACGCCAGCUUAAAAGAAACUGUCAUAUCAUUAUCUACUGAUUAUUCCUAAUAGCUCCUACAAGUAUUAGCUAGAAUGCUUAAUCAAAAUCCUGAGAAAAGGCCAGACUUCAUAGAAUUAUCAUAAUACAAAACUACUAGCAAAGAAUUAGGAUUGACCUUAAACCCUUCAAUAGUUAAAACCACAGAGAAUCCUCAUUAUUAUCCUUUAAGUUAAAUUAUAAAUGAAAGAAACAAUAAAGCAUUCAAUUAGAAUCUCUAAUAAAGAUAACUAUCGCCUUAUAAAAUAAUUCCAUAUUCGCCUUAAAGAAUAACUCCUAAAUAGUUUUCACCAUCCAGAAUUUAUGGUUAGACUUAAAGAGUAGUUCAGCCACAAAGAUUAGCUUAAGCAAUCAAAAAAGAGGAAGUCUACUCCCCAAUCAAACAAUCACUUUAACAAUUAAGUUAAUUAUAUAGAACUACAACCCCUGUCAAAGGAAAUAAAACCAGCUCAAAGGCAUCAACAAUUAGUCAUAAUGCUUCCCUGAUUGAUUCUUACAGGACUUAAUAUCCCUUCUCUAGUCAAACAAGAGAUAAACCGAAUAAACUCUAAAUUCCUCAGCACAAAAGUGAUGUGAAAAGAAUGAUAUUUAAAGAUGAUUUGAAUUAGACUUCAACAAGUUAACCUCCAAUUGAAAUGGUCUUAUGA